AUGAGAGGAGCUACUUUGCCAGUACUGCAAGAGCCAUACCCAUUAGGGCGAGAGCUGAGAGUCCGGUGCCGCGCCGUCUGUUCAUCAGGAACACGUGCCGCCUUCCUGAUCAAACAUCGACGACGCUCGUCAUCGACAUCUUCCACCCGUCUCUCAGGUCAAAUGGACUUCUUCUCUCAGACCUAUGUCGCCCUUCGUGGACCUACGGGCGCGCCUCAGACUCCCGCGGACACCAUAGCUCGUUUGAGUGACCGGCUGUCGCCAGCUACACUUCUUGCCGACAGGAGAGCAGCCGUAUUGGCUCUCAAAGGACUUGCACGCGAUUGCAAGCAGGACAUCGGCGACAGAGCACUGAGUGGCCUUCUGGAAGUCCUAUACAACGAUGCAGAAGUUGAUGCCGAUAUUGGCAAGGCCGUCCUCGAGACCUUGAACCAGUUGUGUGAGACGGAAGACGCGACGCCAGGCAGCAGAGAGCUGGGCUUCAGGCACACAGACGCCCUAGUCGUUUCGGAUAAGACGACGCAUUCCCUGUUCGCGCUACUCGGAGAUACCAAUUUCUAUACACGCUUUGCAACUUUGCAAUUUCUUACGACUCUUCUUCACAACCGGCGGCAAGCUAUCCAAAAGUACUUCUUAACUGCUCCUGCAGGUCCAGGCAGUAUAAUCGCGGUGCUUGAAGACAAGAGAGAGAUUAUUAGAAUUGAGGCAAUUACCAUGGUCCAAGGACUGAUAUCUCAGAGCCCUGAUAUUCAGAAAGUCCUCGCAUUCGAGGGGGCAUUUGAAAAGCUCUUCAACACUGUGACACAAGAGGGUGGUGUAGAUGGAGGUGCAGUAGCUCAAGGUGCCCUCACUUGCGUUGAUGGUCUCCUACGUUUCAACAGCUCGAAUCAGAGUUACUUCCGCGAAACAUCCCUACCCCCUGUGCUGUGUGCUCUCCUUCAAUUUCCUGUCUCCUUGGAUGUCCAACAAGCAGCACCACAAGAAUUCGCCUUACAGUUCUGGGACGACCAAAAGACGGCUAAUACGAGGCUCAUAAUCGGGAUUAUCGGAAUGCUGGUUGCAUCCAAAGGAUACGGAGUACAGGAAAAUCCCCCUUUCACGAGAUGUCUGGUUGAAAUCGCCCUUGCCUCUAAUGCUCCUACACCUCUUAAAACCCAAGCCCUCCGUCUGCUUCCUGCCAACAUCAACUUUCCACUAUCAGAAAUAUCCUUGACACCAUACGUUCCAGUACCCGAAACCAAUGGAGAGGAGUGGGACCGUCUGGAACUCGCAUCAGCCCUUGAUGCACUUGUUGAGCUUGCGAUCCACGGAGAGUACAACGGUCUUGAUGCUGGAAAACGGACGAUGGAGAGCUUGGAGUUGCGGACUGCUGCCGCGACAGUGUUUGAGAACUUCGUUCGCAAAGACGACAUCCGUCAGGCAAUUGUACAAGCCAUGCUACCAGCUCCUAAUGCAGAGCCUGAUCAACACCCCCGACCAACACCUUUGCUGCAUGCCCUGGCAUCGCCGCCGAACACGACCUCCACGCUAGAUCCGGCAGAAGUGACUUCAACCCACCUAGCAACCCUCAUGUUUUCCCACCUCCUACGCUGUUCUCCUCGAGCAAAAGCUUCCGCUUGCGAAGUCAUGCCUGGUCCCCUCCAACCAACGACCCAAUCCUCCAGUUUCUUCGUUCCGGCAGAUGGCGGUCCACCGGAACCCGCAGCAGUAGAGCCUGAAGACGAUGACGAACCGCAGACUCUUCUGCAAAUUCUGACGGAGAACCUGUCUUUGGCUCUCUUGUCUAGAUCACGCGCGAAUAACUCGGAUCGAGAGAAGAGGGAAUGGGAUCGAUAUGUCGUUGGUUACCUCUCGCUGCUAUCGCAGUGGCUCUGGGAAGACCCAAAGUCUGUUCGAGGUUUCUUGGAUGCUGGUGGAUUAGGUGUUCUAGUCGAACCAAUUAACCAAACCUCAGAAGUCGACUCCAUCGUUCCAGGUUUAUGCGCCUUCCUACUUGGUGUAUGCUAUGAGUACAAUCGGGAGCCUGGCGAGAUCACAAGAGCUACGAUACACCCAAUCAUCAACAGGCUGAGCGUCGACACCCUCGUUGGCCAAAUGGCGGGGUUCCGUGAAGAUGAUCGCUUCAAGUCAGUGGCUCCAGAUUCCAUCGUUCUGCCAUACCCUGCGGUACCAGGACACCCUUCUGGCGGCAAACAUGGUCCCACUGAGGAGGCUGAAAUCUGGUUCGAUUGGGCUUUUGUUGAUUUCUGGAAGUCAAAUUACUACACCGUGCAGCGGGGGUUCUCGACGGAACCAGAUCAACUGUCCUCAACCUCUGGCCAAAGUGCUGAAUCUGUCAUGCUCAUUGCCUCGUUGAGAGACGUGAUACGCCAACAAUCGAACGAGAUCGAGACGCUGCAAAAGCAGCUGAAGGAAGCGGCCGUUGGUGCCUCCAAACUGACUGAACUCCAGAACCAAGUCACGUCCCUACAGUCUCAACUGAAGACUUCAGAAGAGAAACGGAAGGACGUCGAAAAGGAGCAAGAGGACCUCUUGGUGCUCCUUGACGAAGUCACGAACAAGCGAAAGAAGGACAAGGCUCGUCUAAGAGAAGCUGGGCAAGAGGUGUCCGAGGACGAGGAAGACGAUGACGAAGAAGAUGAGUAA